AUGUCGUGUAACCCAUGUUGCGGAUGGCGUCUCAAAGAUGCCUCCGCUACAAUUGGCAUUUGGUCAUGUGUAAGUUUAUAUAUUAUACUAUGGUAUUUACCAAUGAUUUUGGCGUAUGUUAUCUAUUAUGUUGAGUUAUGAUUUUAUUUUUAAUGAUAUAUAAUCUUGAUUUAUGUUGAUAUACUAGGCCUGGGAGUGCGGUCUGCGAGUUUUUGAAGCUUUUACUAUCACUUAUAUCACAGUAUUUUGUUAGAAUAAACUUAAAUUACUGUACAUUUUGUAACUUUACAGUACUUUUUUUUAAGAUACAGUACUUUUGUUAAUGUAACUAUGCUUAGCUGUAUUCUCUGGCUGUACUGGGUAUGUUCGCCUGGCAGUGGGGGGUUCUCAGUCAAUGCCAACAUGUCACAAUGGCACAGUCCAACCUACAAUGCGAGUAUUACUGUCCGUGUGUCGGUGCUAGUACAGCGCGAACGUCAGCCAUAAUCGAAGGUAAUUGAUGGUAUAACAAUGCUUUAUUAUAAUUUACUUUACAGUAGACUGUACUUACUGUAGUCCGCACUCCGUAUCUCCCGGGCCUGGUCGUCGUAUUUUAGCCGUUUUUGAGCUUUUACUAUUAUGUUUUGGCAGUAAAAGUAAUGCUAUAUCAUGCCUAUGUAUGCCUUUUUUAAGAGAUAUGACAUUAGUUUAUGCUAAUUAAGUUGAUUAACUAUGCGUGGGGUUGUAGAUAUACGACGUUCUGAUGUUGUCCUUAAUGGGAUGGCAAAUGGCGGCGAUAAAAUACGAAAAAGACCGCGCGGCCAAUACCCUGUUACCUAAUUAUAACACGUAUGGGCGGUACGACAUCCCCUCCUAUUACGAGAGUUACUGGCAGUCGCCGGAGGAACGGUAUUACACAGGUAAUUGACUUGAUACGGAGUGCGGUACUGUAGUUUAUUGUUGUUAAUUGUUGUUAAAUUCUUACAGUAUUUACGAUAGUUAUUUGUAUAUGUUUAUAAGUUAGAAUAUUAGAUGAUAUAGUGUAUAUCUUGUGUUCUAAAAUACUUACGUAAUGUUUUAGCGCUGUUCGUGGUCCAGAUUCUCUGCCUAAUCACUUCGUUGUUUCACCUGUUCGCAUCGCUGGGAUUACUGUACGGAAUUCAUACGGUAAGUCUAUCAUAUAACACCGUAAAAAAUAAGCAUAUGUUAAAAUAUUUUUUAUAUUUUUUAGUGGUCGCGUUACCUUAUCCUGCCAUGGAUCAUAACCACAUUGUGUACCAUACUGACUUCUUUGGCUUACUGUAUCACCUGGUGGGCAGGUGAUGUAAGAGAUUACUGGUUGGUACUCACGAUUCUUGUUUUCUUCACAAUUAUUGUUAAUGUAAGUGUCGACCGAUUGAAACAGUUUUUUUUUAUUCGUCCUGAUAGUAUAGUAUGGUAACCGAAACCCAUAGUAUAGUAAGACCAAAAACCAAUACCAAUUAAUAUAACUUUUAAUGUUUUAUAUUCAAAUUUUAACCUUUCAGACGUACUGCUUUGUCACUGUAUGGAUAUUCUACAAAAGAAUGAACGAAGAACUAAAGUACUACGAGGGAAAGAAGGCCAAUAAGUAUAACAAGUUUCCUCCACCUAACCAAGGCUUCGUAUACGAUCCAGAUGACGACUUCAGAUACCCUCAUCCAGAUGCCAGAAUGACAGAAGAGGAGUUCAACUGGAGGAACGACAACAUGCCUAUGCCUGAGGAACGGUUCGACAACAUUCCAGGAGAUCCCAUGCAUCCAGGGUACAUCGACGACAAUCGUCCCAAGAGUGUUCCGGUGAGUCAUGUGGUAUCUUUAGUAUGAGAUUGUGUUGGAUAUAUCUUUAGUGUCAAGCUUAUAAACUAACAUUAGUUAUCAUUAUUUUGAAGUUAUACCCAUGUAUAAUGUAUUGCUUUAGCCCUUCCAUCCCACCCCUUACCAGUACGAUGACUUUGCUGAUGUCCCACGACAAGUUAGUCGCCAUUCUCAUCGCAAACACUCUUGUCACUGUCAUCGACACAGAAAGCCCAAACGACGACACCGAAGCCGACAUCACAAGGACGACGUCUGCUCAUCGUCGUGCUCCACCGAAUACACUGGUACCGAAGAGACGGUGAGUACGCAUCCAGCUGGUCGACGACAUCACUCACAUCACGACCAUCGUAGGAGAAGUCACUCCAGAUGUCUUCACAGAGCACCGUCGCCCAAGUCUCAGAAGACUGCCGUCGUCCAGGUGGAUCCAGAAGAAUUGAGUCGUGGAGACUCGAAUGUGGGCACGCUGAUGAGUAACGGUGGCUUCACAAUACCUCAGCACAUUGUCAUACCACCAGAGACCAAUGCCGACCCCACCCAGCCUCGGAAAUACCAGAUCAACUCGGAGAUCACCAUCUCCUACGAUCCGAAGCAAGACGCGCCCCAGGAGGGGCUACAGUAUCCACGGAGUCCUAAUGUAAGUACCUAUGCAUUGUUUUCUAUUUUAUAUCAAAGAAUAUGGUACCGGGUAAGACCUAUGCUUAACUCAUAGUAAGAUAUACCUAAUAUCAUACUAAUAACCGUAAAAUGAAGCAAGAUUCUUCAAUAACGUGCCAUUUUCAGCCAAUUUCCUUCACAUCGAACGUCUGA